CCAUGUUAUUUUAUUAUUCGUCAAUUGUUUGUGAAGAUAAAAUACGUUUGCAAUUUGUUUUGUGAUUAUUUCAAAUAUUAAUAGUAAAUAGUUAUAUUUCUUUUAUAAUGGCUUCAACAAUUUACUAUGAAAAUUAUAUAUUGUCGAAUAUUGAGUGCACAGAUGUAUCGGAUUUGAAGAGCAUUAUUUCAUCACAAUAUGGUGUUCAUUCGGAAGAUUUAUUCGUUGUUAUUAAUGGUAAAAAAGCCACAGAUGCAUUGAAUCUGCAAAAUACCAAAAAUGUCGUCAGAAUUUACACAAGACUCGUUGGUGGGAAAGGAGGAUUCGGAUCUAUGUUGCGUGCUAUUGGCGCGCAAAUUGAGAAAACCACAAAUAGGGAAGCGUGUCGAGAUCUUUCUGGGAGACGGUUACGUGAUAUCAACGAAGAGAAAAGAUUAAGAAAGUGGUUGGAGGGUCAAGACGAGCGCGAACGGGAGGCUGUUGAAAGGAAACAGAAAAAGUUGGAACGGUUAAUUGCUGAACCAAAAAUAAAUGUCAAUUUGAAUCCAGAGUAUGAAAAAGAGCGUGAAGAGCUACCUGAACGUGUAAGUGCAGCUGUGGAUGCUGGUUGGCAAGCAGCAGGUUCAUCCAAAGAAGGAACAAAGCGGAAAAUAGAAAAUCAUCAAAGUAAAAAUAAAAAGAAGCCCAAAUUAUGGAUAGAUGCUGAGCUGUCAGACUGUUCAUCUUUAAGCGAAGAUGAAGAGGAAAAACUCAAGAUAAAUACGGCUCAAACUGUUUCAACAGACAGUGGAAAUGAAUCUGACCGAGCAUCGGAGUGUAGUAAGGCCUAAUUAUAUAGCAAUUAAAUAUUCGACUUAGGAUAUACCAACUAUAAUAUAUCAUUAGUGUGAAAUAUACAUUAAGAUUAAACUAAAUUAUAUUAUUAUAAAUGAAAAUAUGAAUAACUGAGUUAUUGUAGCUUACAUUACUUCUAUAUAACCUGAAUAUAUAAUAAAUAGCUUUUUUGAUAAGUAAAACAACCAAAAAAACUCACUUAUUUAAAUGAAAAUUGUUUUAUUAUUAAAUAUCAUAAUAGUGUAAGCCACUAGAUAUAAAAUUAAACAAUAAAUUAAUGGAUAAGUUAAAUAACACUUAUCUAUUCUUGGAAAAAAUAAUUAUUAUAUAAAAAAAAUUAACAAUAAAUUUGCUCAUCUAUAUAAUGUAAUUUAACAAAUAGGACUUUGAUACAAAACAGAACAACAUUCUUUGUAAAAAUAAAUAAACAAAAAGAAAUGUUCAUUCAUAUUGCAUUAAUCGUGUUUCUAUAAGUUGAGUGCAAAAUAUUUUGCCAACAAUCAAAAACUAUUGUUACAUGUAUCGUUAUUUAUUUUAAUGAUUUCUUAAUGUCUUUGUAAGUAUAUAACUAAGAUUGUCGUAUCUAUGUGAUUAAAAUUAUUUCUGUUUAUAUAAAAUGUCUUACUAUUUGAAAAAUAAUUUUAUUUUGAAGCCUUGUUUAAUUUUUCCACAUUUCAUUAAAAAAGAAUAUAAUGUUUUAGAGGGAAAACUUUUACAAAUUUUUCUAAUUGUAUCUUAGUAAUAAAGUGUUUUUUAAAUAGACUGACAUUUUAACCAAAUAUUUGGUUCAUUGUUGUUCACCUACAACUAAGUUGCUAGAGGUUCAAAACGACAAAAACUGCCACUUAAUCACAAUAUGUAAGGAGUUAUAAUGUAAGAUUAUGAAAUAAAUUCAGUUGUAU